AUGGCUCCUCCGCCAUCUGCUUCCAUCCCUCUGCAGCAGAGACUGCUGCAGCUUGUUCAGACUCUUCAAUUGUGGACACUGGAUGGUCUUGUGCUGACCUUUUUUCUGCAGUCGCAUGGUUCGUCGGGUACGUACAAUUUGAGGAACAAUGUUCCAUAUACAUCUCCUCGAGUCCUCCAGCUUUGUGGGCUUGUGUUCAGGGCCAGGAUCGAGCCUGCGUCCCUGCCGCACAUCACCCUCGAUGUCAAGCACUUGACUCUUCUGUUCUGCAUUGUCAGAUACGGACUGUCGUAUAUCACCUUCAACUACUACUCGCGAUGGGCUCAAUUCUCCUACCGCACAGCCUUCAUUUCCGCCGCUGUAACCUACGGCAUUGUCGUCUACAAGGCGUUCCGCGCUCGCUCAAGAGCCGGCAGCAGAGCACAAGGUGGUGUCAUUUCUCUUGCAGCUGAUGAGAAUGUUCAAUACUUGGCAAUGGCACUCGUCUGGCUAUUCUCCCCUCAAUACCCCCUCGCCAUGCUCCCCUUUGGCGUCUACUCCAUCUUCCAUGUCGCAACAUACACACGCACAAACCUGAUUCCAACAGUCCAACCCCCACAACAGGCUGCACCAGUUGCUGGAGCUUCCCCCGGUGCCAAACCAACCUUCAAGUCCAACCCUACCGCCGAUAUGAUUGGCAAGUUCGUCAAGGAAUACUAUGACGCUUCCAUGGGCCUCGUCGCCAUCCUUGAGAUUCUUCUCUGGGGCCGCAUCCUUCUCUCCGCUAUUGCUUUUAGCAAGGGCUCCUGGAUUUUGAUCGCUGUCUACACUGCAUUCCUCCGUGCCCGCUUCGCUCAAAGCAAUUUCGUGCAAGGCCAGUUCAGGAACUUGGAGGCUCGCAUUGAUAGUAUUGUUGGUGGACAAAGCACUCCUCCUGUUGCGAGAACAGUUUGGGAUACUGUUAAGGGCGGUGCUAGGACGUUCCAUGACGCCACUGAUAUUGGCAAGUACGUUGGUGGUGGUGCGCCCGCACAGAAGAAGGCUACUUAA